UCUGGGGGUGGGGCGGCUAAGAGCGGAGAGGGCGAGCGGGCUAGCGGGCAGCGGCGAAUGUAGAGGCGGCGGCGGCGGCGGCGGCCGAGGAGGAGGAAGAGGCAACGGGGGUGCGGCCGCUGAGGGGAGCUCCUCCCCCGUUCCCUCACCCCCCUCUGCUCAGCUCCGCUAGCCCCGGGCGGGGCGGGGGGACGUGGAGCGGGGCAGGGCUGGGGAGCCGCCCCGAGACCGCCCGGGGCGCACCCCAGCUCAGAGCGCACGGCACUCGUUGGAACUUUGUGGCCGCGCCGCAGGUGUGGGGGCCCGCGGAGGUGUGCAUGUGGGGCGCGAGGGCGUCGCGGAGAGCGGCCGCUGCCCUGUCCGGCCCUCGCUGGAGUAGCUCGGAGGAAGCGAGCAAGGAGACAGGUGUGUGCCCUCUUCCUGAUUCUGGAGAAAAAUGCCGGUCCGGAAGCAAGAUACCCAGAGAGCAUUGCACCUUUUGGAAGGUUAUCGUUCGAAACUAAGCCAAACAGAAGACAGACAGCUCAGAAGUUCCAUAGAACGGGUUAUUAACAUAUUUCAGAGCAACCUCUUUCAGGCUUUAAUAGAUAUUCAAGAAUUUUAUGAAGUGACCUUACUGGAUAAUCCAAAAUGUAUAGAUCGUUCAAAGCAGUCUGAACCAAUACAGCCUGUGAAUACUUGGGAAAUUUCCAGCCUUCCAAGCACUACUGUGACUUCAGAAACACUACCAAGUAGCCUUAGCCCUAGUGUAGAGAAAUACCGGUAUCAGGAUGAAGAUACACCUCCUCAAGAGCACAUUUCCCCACAAAUCACUAAUGAGGUGAUAGGUCCGGAAUUGGUUCAUGUCUCAGAGAAGAACCUGUCAGAAAUUGAAAAUGUCCAUGGAUUUGUUUCUCACUCUCAUAUUUCACCAAUAAAGCCAACAGAAGCUGUACCUCCCUCUUCUCCCACUGUCCCUGUGAUCCCUGUCCUGCCAGUCCCUGCUGAGAAUACUGUCAUCCUACCCACCAUACCACAGGCAAAUCCUCCUCCAGUACUGGUCAACACAGAUAGCUUGGAAACAUCAACUUAUGUUAAUGGCACUGAUGCAGAUUAUGAAUAUGAAGAAAUCACACUUGAAAGGGGAAAUUCAGGGCUUGGUUUCAGCAUUGCAGGAGGUACAGACAACCCACACAUUGGAGAUGACUCAAGUAUUUUCAUUACCAAAAUAAUUGCAGGGGGAGCAGCUGCCCAAGAUGGAAGAUUGCGGGUCAAUGACUGUAUAUUGCGAGUAAAUGAAGUAGACGUUCGUGAUGUGACACAUAGCAAAGCAGUUGAAGCAUUAAAAGAAGCGGGAUCUAUUGUACGCCUGUACGUAAAAAGACGGAAACCAGUAUCAGAAAAAAUAAUGGAAAUAAAGCUCAUUAAAGGUCCUAAAGGUCUUGGGUUCAGCAUUGCAGGAGGUGUUGGAAAUCAACAUAUUCCUGGGGAUAAUAGCAUCUAUGUAACCAAAAUAAUUGAAGGAGGUGCAGCACAUAAAGAUGGUAAACUUCAGAUUGGAGAUAAACUUUUAGCAGUGAAUACUGUGUGUCUAGAAGAAGUUACUCAUGAAGAAGCAGUAACUGCCUUAAAGAACACAUCUGAUUUUGUUUUUUUGAAAGUGGCAAAACCCACAAGUAUGUAUAUGAAUGAUGGCUAUGCACCACCUGAUAUCACCAACUCUUCUUCUCAGCCUGUUGAUAACCAUGUUAGCACAUCUUCCUACUUGGGCCAGACACCAGCAUCACCAGCCAGAUAUUCACCUGUUUCGAAAGCAGUGCUUGGAGAUGAUGAAAUUACAAGGGAACCUAGAAAAGUUGUUCUUCAUCGUGGUUCAACAGGCCUUGGUUUCAACAUUGUAGGAGGUGAAGAUGGAGAAGGAAUAUUUAUUUCCUUUAUUUUGGCUGGCGGACCUGCUGAUCUUAGUGGAGAGCUCAGGAAAGGAGAUCGUAUUAUAUCGGUAAACAGUGUUGACCUCAGAACUGCCAGCCAUGAGCAGGCAGCAGCUGCUUUAAAAAAUGCUGGCCAAGCUGUCACAAUUGUUGCACAAUAUCGACCUGAAGAAUACAGUCGUUUUGAAGCCAAAAUACAUGACUUACGGGAGCAGAUGAUGAAUAGUAGCAUUAGUUCAGGUUCAGGUUCUCUUCGAACUAGCCAGAAGCGAUCCCUCUAUGUCAGGGCCCUUUUUGAUUAUGACAAGACUAAAGACAGUGGCCUUCCUAGUCAGGGAUUGAACUUCAAAUUUGGAGAUAUCCUCCAUGUUAUUAAUGCUUCUGAUGACGAAUGGUGGCAGGCCAGGCAGGUUACACCAGAUGGUGAAAGUGAUGAAGUUGGGGUGAUUCCCAGUAAACGCAGGGUUGAGAAGAAAGAACGAGCCAGAUUAAAAACAGUGAAAUUCAAUUCUAAAGCAAGAGGAGAUAAAGGGCAGUCAUUCAAUGACAAGCGUAAAAAGAACCUCUUUUCCCGAAAAUUCCCCUUCUACAAGAACAAGGACCAGAGUGAGCAGGAAACAAGUGAUGCUGACCAACAUGUAACUUCUAAUGCCAGUGAUAGCGAAAGUAGUUACCUAAUCUUGAUUACAGAUGAGUAUGGCUGCUCAAAAGGUGGUCAAGAAGAAUAUGUCUUAUCUUAUGAGCCAGUGAAUCAACAAGAAGUUAAUUAUACUCGACCAGUGAUCAUAUUGGGACCUAUGAAAGACAGGAUAAAUGAUGACUUGAUCUCAGAAUUUCCUGACAAAUUUGGAUCAUGUGUUCCUCAUACAACUAGACCAAAACGAGAUUAUGAGGUAGAUGGAAGAGAUUAUCAUUUUGUGACUUCAAGAGAGCAAAUGGAAAAAGAUAUCCAGGAACAUAAAUUCAUUGAAGCUGGGCAGUAUAACAACCAUCUGUAUGGAACAAGUGUUCAGUCUGUGCGAGAAGUAGCAGAAAAGGGCAAACACUGUAUCCUCGAUGUGUCUGGAAAUGCCAUAAAGAGAUUACAGAUUGCACAACUUUACCCAAUCUCCAUUUUUAUUAAACCCAAAUCCAUGGAAAAUAUCAUGGAAAUGAAUAAGCGUCUGACGGAAGAACAAGCCAGAAAGACGUUUGAGAGAGCCAUGAAACUGGAACAAGAAUUUACUGAACAUUUCACAGCUAUUAUACAGGGAGAUACGCUGGAAGACAUUUACAACCAAGUGAAGCAGAUCAUAGAAGAACAGUCUGGUCCUUACAUCUGGGUUCCAGCAAAAGAAAAGUUAUGAGGACUGAUGUUUUCUCUGUUUCUCUUUUCCAGUCUCAUUUUCUCUGACACUUCUUUGCCCUUUCCUUCUGGAGUCUGUCUUCAAUACUUCUUCCAUGUUGAAUCAUAUCCCACUCAUCAUGGUCUGCAGUUGCACUUAUUUUUGACAUCUUAGUGUCUCCUUCAAGUUGUAACAUCUGUAUUAUUUUAUCUCACUAUUGGUUUGUGGCCAUUUUUCACAAAUGAAGAUGGAAUGGCCUGACCAGCUAUUAAUAGGAUUUGGGGAGACGGGGAAAUUGUGGUAAAAUUCCUUAAUGUUUAAGGGAAAGUAACUUUAAGAGAUUUUCAGAGAAGCUUUAUAUACAUUCUUUCCAAAUUUCAAUAUAAAUGAAAGAAAAGUGGUUUUAAUCAAUGAUUUAGUAAACUUUGAGCAACAAUGCACGCUUAACUUUAAUAGCAUGGUUUGGCCAACAUAUUAGCUCUCAAGUCCUUUUCUCAAUUGACUUCUGUUAUCAAAGCAAAUAUUUCAUUACAGACAAAUAAGGAAAAUAUGUUUUUUAAUUUCAAAAUUAAUAUCUGAGUUAACUUUAAUAAUUUCACAAGGGAUAUUCAUAUCUUCUUAAAGUCUUUUAUUGUUUGAAGUUUUUUUUUUUCCUCCCAGUAGAUUUGCUAGGAAUAACAAUGUCUAAAUGUUUUUAAUCUACUUGUGCAACACUAUUUAUAGUGUCUUACAAAAGUUCAUACAUAAUGAUCAUCACAUUUUCUGAAUUGAGGCCAUGUUUAGGUGCUAGGGGAGUUUACCUUUUACACAUAAGGUUGAGAAAAUUUCAUAGAGAUAAAUACAAAACAGACAUUACAGUGAUGAUGUAAUCAUUAUGGCAGUGGGAAAGGAGUCCAAUUCAUAGUCUAAAAUUUUAAAUGCAUUCUUAGGGGUCAGAUUUUAAUGAAUAUUUUACCCACAAUAACUGACUAUUUUGUUAUAAUAAAAUAUAUAUAUAUAAAUAUAUAUAUAACUUUCUUUAAACUCUGUAACUAUGGGAAUUAUUUUCUUUACAUAGUUGCACACACACAAACAUAUAUAUGUAUAUUUAAAAUAUAUUUUUUUUCUUUUGCCACCUACUCUCUUGGUUUGGUUUUAAGUUAAAUAUUAAUUGAUUGGACUUUAUCUUCCUUAAUCGUGUGAAGUGAAAACAGGAGGAUGGUGGUUGUGGAAAGAAGCCCUUAGGGAAAUUAGGUUAUACAUAAAAACAUGGGCAUGUUCUCCUCUUUUCUAUAAAAGUUUUCAAAUGGUUCCUGGUUGGUUUUUUGUGGGUUUUUUUUUUUCGGGGGGUGUUGGGUGUUGUUCCCGUUGUUCUUGUCAUUGGGUUUGGAUUUGGUCUCCACCUCUUUCCAGUUCUCCUUUCAUUAAUAGGCAAACAGGCAAAAACCUCAUGUGUAUGAGUGUUUUCCCCUCAGACUGUACACCUUUCAUCUCUUGUAGCUGCUCUGCAGUAGGGUUGCACAGAUCUUCAUGGUGAGCAAUUAAGAAAUUUUAGUGAAAAGUAGAUAACAAUUUCAGAAAUCAAUUUCUCUGGUCUUUUAUAUUAAUAAUACUGUUUGGCUUCCCAUUGCUUUUUUGGAGUUUAUUAAAUAUGUGUUUUUGACAACCUCCUCAUUACAGUUUCUUAAACAAAUGAGUACUGGUUUGUAAAGAAUUAUCAACAUUAUCCAUUCCAUUUAUGAGAAAGAGGAGAACAGCUAAUAAACUUUAUUGUAAAAUCUG